CUUUACACACUGCGUAUGAGGCCGUACCCGUCAAGCGCGGCCAUCAAACCAACAAGUAUGAAAAGCGCUUUAAUUCAUCGAUUCGUUUGAAAGGCGAAACUUUAUACGGGUAUUCACCCUUUACGUUGUCGGCAGGAUUUCCCUGGUUUACUGUCUCUCGCCGCCCAACCAAGUUUUCGUGAAUCAUUUUGGGUUUGUGAGUAUUCCGUGAGCAGCGAAAUAUUUUUCUCUAAUGAUGGGCAAUUGGGCACUAAUAAUACUUCUUUAUAUCUCGGUAAUUGUUGUUACUGUAUCUUGCUUGGACGAAAGCAAACAGGCGGUAACAUUAGAAAAGGGGUCACGAACCAACACAACAACUAUAAAUUCACCAUCGUCUAAGGAUCGAGCCCUUAAGCAGCAAAAGAAGGAAAGACGACGAAGAUAUCCGUUAAGAGUUGCUUACCGAAUGACAAGAGAUGAUCUACUCUCUUUUUGGCAAAGCAUUAACAAUGACAUUCUGAAAUGUGACGUGGACGAAUAUUACUCUUUUCCACUACAUACUUGUGAGCCGUGCCAAAAAAUAUGUGACUCAUCAGAAGGAGACAUGAAAAAAUGUCAGUUAUUUUGCCCAGAUGAUUUCGUGAAAACUUCGUUGUGGAAUUGGUUCAUCUUAUCUAUAUGCGUGGUAAGCGUCGGGGUUAUCAGCAACGUGUUACUGAUUUUCGUCGUUCUUGUGAAUUUUUAUAAAAAGGGUUGUCGCAAUGGCAAUCUCUCAAGUCAAGAGUUCGAAUCUGGAUCUAAGAUGUCUUGCUCCGAAGAAAUUGGGAAGUCGUUACAAACGUACAAAACCCCGGAUUUGCUCCCAGGCGGGAGUGUUUCGAGUAGCGCAAGCAAUACAAUGGAAAAAAAUUAUUUGCAGACUGCACAGUAUUCACCAACGCAGGAUAAAGGAAAUGGAGAGAUGGCCAUUGAAAACGAGCAUCCCGUCCCAGAAGAGUUACGUCAAAAACAAACAAACAACCCAAGCCACCGUCGCAAAUAACACGUUGUAUACUUCAACUUUUCAUUUAAGAGAUCAAUAUUGCAGCAUCUGGGGUCGUGAAAUUUUACGUAACUCAGCUUAAAAGUUAUCCACAAAAAUAGUCAUACUUUUGACUGUAGUAUAAAUUUCAGAGGGAAUGUGCCAUUUACCGGUUUGAUACAAAAAUUAGAAAUUUCCAAUAUGUAUCAAUUUUCUCCAUUUUUUUCUGAAAUAUCAUCAGAAAAGUUGCUCUGUGAAAAAUCACUGACAACAAAAUUUGUUGAACAUAAAACAAAAAGAUCUCAUCAAUGGCCUUUCCAUUCAGCAGCUGUCAAUUAAUCAAGAAGUCCCAUAUUUUUACACUGAUUGUUUGAAUAUGCAUGCAACUGCUUUUCUUGUUAUAGUUGAACUAUAUAUGUCUGAGGAAAUCUGAGCUUGGUCAGACGAAACGUUACAGGAUUAUAUUUGUGUUAGUGUGCAGCAAGACGCUUAUACCACUUAGUCUUAGGACCUUUUCAUUAUUUUGUAAUAAAACUUUUUGAUUUAGAAGCUUGGAAAAUGCUUUUUUAUAAGCCACGUAAAAAAUAUUUAUCUCAUCGUGUACGGAAAGCUGUGUAGAGUAGUGCACGACACAAUUCGUAUCAUAUAUAUAAAAAGUAGUCAUCGAAUACGGACAUAUAGAAAACAAAGGGUCAAUUCUCAAUGAAAAACCGUUGUAAGCUACAUCAGCAGCCUAUGCGGACAUAUGGUUAACUCGUUAUCUGAUCACUAAAAUGCUUUAAAUUAAAAAUACAAAUUAAGUAGGCAGAUCCUAUUUCGAAAUAAUAUAUUUUUGUCCUAUAGAUGAAAAAACUCUGAUUCUCGACUAUAACAAAUAGAACUUCACAAAAG